AUGCUCCUCGCACUGUGCGAUGUAAUGGGCACAGCUCCGAAAGGUUCAACACGAGAUGGACCUUUGCUGGUGCUUGGUUUCUCUCCAAGAAUACGGGUUUCACUUAACUCUGGCACCAUGAUGUGUUUACCGCAUUUGCUGGGGAAGACGAAGAAUAUUUUUCAAAGUGGUGAAUUUGAAAGGUGCUUGGCAGUACUGGCCAUGCGCAUACUCACCGUUUCGUUGAUAUACGCCCCGCUAAUGGUGCACUUAAUUUUAGUUGGCUUUCGCGUCCUCUGGAACAGUGAGUCAUGUCUUUUUUUAAAAAUAGACAGAUUCUGA